GCAUCACCUAAAACACUAUCGGCAGCAGUAUUGUCGGCAGCAAUAAUUCUCUAGGCAAAUUUCAUCAGAUCCAGUACAGUAUGAGGAAAGCUCUUGUAUUCGUAGGCGUGUUUCUAGCCUUAGCGGGCGUAACUAAUGCUGCGGCUUUGGAUUCAAGAUCAUGUGGUAACGAUGUGGAGACAACAACACCCCCCCCGUGCACCAAAACGCCUCAGCCAACAACAACGUGUGCUCCAAUAAAAACUCCUGCACCAACAACAACCCCUUCACCAACAACAACUCCUGGUCCUACAACAACCCCCGCUCCAACGACAACUUCUGCACCAACAACGACCACGUGCAAAACAACCACUCCUGUUCCAACAACAACUCCUGCACCAACAACAACCCCUGCACCAACAACAACCCCUGCUCCUACUACAACUCCUGCUCCAACAACAACUCCUGCACCAACAACAACCACGUGCAAAAUAACAACUCCAGUUCCAACAACAACUCCCGCUCCAACGACUACUCCUGCACCGACAACAACCCCUGCCCCAACGACAACUCCUGCGCCAACGACGACGCCUGCACCAACAAAAUCUCCCGCUCCAACGACCACUCCAGCUCCAACGACAACCGUGUGCAAAACAGUGACUUCUGUUCCAACAACAACUCCCGCACCAACAACAACUCCCGCUCCAACGACAACUCCUGCACCAACGACAACUCCUGCGCCAACAACACCCACGUGCAAAACAACAACUCCUGUUCCAACAACAACUCCUGCUCCAACAACAACUCCUGCUCCAACGACAACUCCUGCUCCAACGACAACUCCUGCUCCAACGACAACUCCUGCACCAACAACAACUCUCGCUCCAACAACAACUCCCGCUCCAACGACAACUCCUGCACCAACAACAGCCUCGUGCAAAACAACAACUCCUGUUCCAACAACAACUCCCGCUCCAACGACAACUCCUGCACCAACAACAACCCCUGCUCCUACUACAACUCCUGCGCCAAAAACAACCACGUGCAAAACAACAACUCCAGUUCCAACAACAACUCCCGCUCCAACGACAACUCCUGCUCCAACGACAACCCCGGUACCAACAACAACCCCUGCAGCAACAACAACCCCUGCUCCUACUACAACUCCUGUUCCAACGACAACCCCUGCACCAACCACAACUCCUGCGCCAACAACAACCACGUGCAAAACAACAACUCCUGUUCCAACAACAACUCCCGCUCCAACGACAACUCCUGCACCAACAACAACCCCUGCUCCUACUACAACUCCUGCGCCAAAAACAACCACGUGCAAAACAACAACCCCUGCCCCAACAACAACUCCAGUUCCAACAACAACUCCCGCUCCAACGACCACUCCAGCUCCAACCACAACCGUGUGCAAAACAGUGACUCCUGUUCCAACAACAACUCCCGCUCCAACGACAACUCCUGCACCAACAACAACCCCUGCUCCUACUACAACUCCUGCGCCAACAACAACUCCCGCUCCAACAACAGCCUCGUGCAAAACAACAACUCCAGUUCCAACAACAACUCCCGCUCCAACGACAACUCCUGCACCAACAACAACCCCUGCUCCUACUACAACUCCUGCGCCAAAAACAACCACGUGCAAAACAACAACUCCAGUUCCAACAACAACUCCCGCACCAACAACAACCCCGGUACCAACAACAACCCCUGCAGCAACAACAACCCCUGCUCCUACUACAACUCCUGCGCCAAAAACAACCACGUGCAAAACAACAACCCCUGCCCCAACAACAACUCCAGUUCCAACAACAACUCCCGCUCCAACGACCACUCCAGCUCCAACCACAACCGUGUGCAAAACAGUGACUCCUGUUCCAACAACAACUCCCGCUCCAACGACAACUCCUGCACCAACAACAACCCCUGCUCCUACUACAACUCCUGCGCCAACAACAACUCCCGCUCCAACAACAGCCUCGUGCAAAACAACAACUCCUGUUCCAACAACAACUCCCGCUCCAACGACAACUCCUGCACCAACAACAGCCUCGUGCAAAACAACAACUCCUGUUCCAACAACAACUCCCGCUCCAACGACAACUCCUGCAGCAACAACAACCCCUGCUCCUACUACAACUCCUGCGCCAAAAACAACCACGUGCAAAACAACAACCCCUGCCCCAACAACAACUCCAGUUCCAACAACAACUCCCGCUCCAACGACCACUCCAGCUCCAACCACAACCGUGUGCAAAACAGUGACUCCUGUUCCAACAACAACUCCCGCUCCAACAACAACUCCCGUUCCAACAACAACUCCUUCUCCAACGACAACUCCCGUUCCAACGACCACUGCUGUUCUAAUAACAACUCCUGCACCAACAACUCCUGUUGCAUCUACAUUAAAACCAUGCGAAACUACGCCACCACCGUGCACCACGGCUCCUCCUCCGUGCACCACAACUCCACCCCCAUGCUCUGGAUCCGUCUCCGGCAAGGCUAAGCCAUCUAUGGACACCAAUAUCGAUCGACAGAUUCAGUAUAGUUGUUCAGAUAAAAGGAAUGGCUUUUUGAUACCAUCUUUAAGCAAUUGCAACGAUUUUUACAUUUGCCGUGAAGGAGAGGCUGUAAAGGUUACCUGUGGUAACUUACAUUUUAAUGCCAUUAGGGGACUCUGCGAUCUUCCUGAGUAUGCUGGUUGUAUGAAAUCCUAAACCUAGAAAACGAAACCAAGAAAAGAAAUGGAAUGCAUGCAACCCAUGUUAUUCGUAAUUUAUAAUAAAUGAUUUAUUAACAAACCUACGUGACAUUUAUUUUAAAAAGGGCAUUGUAUAAUUAAUGGCAAUAGUAAAUAUAUGUUUAUCUAUUU